AUGCCAAUUGAUUACUCAAAGUGGGACAAGAUCGAGUUAUCGGAUGAUUCGGACAUUGAGGUUCAUCCAAACGUUGACAAGCGAUCUUUUAUAAGAUGGAAGCAACAGAGUAUCCACGAGGAACGUGUCAAGAGAACUAAUGACAUCAACAAUCUGGAGUUCCAAGUAAAAAUGAACUCCAGACUCAACCAAAGGGUAGACAAAAUGCUGGCACAAUUAAACGAUGAAGAUCUGCUAAAUAGAGACACAGUACGAAAGUUUCUAAAUGCUAAUUUCGACAAGAACGAGAAAGGUGAAGGCGAAAAUGUCGACCCAGACAUGCCUCCUUACAACGAGAUGGUUGAAGAUCUGUUCGAACAACUCGAGAUUAACGCAAAGAAAGCCAAUAAAGAUCCUAAAGAUGGCUCUGUUAUCCGGGAAAUGAUUAUGGAACACAGACAAAAAAUUGAUGCUGUUACCAAGCAAGCCCAAGAAAGACUUGUGCAACUUUACAAAGAGAAGGCCUCACUUAUUUCGUCUGAUGAUUUCCACACUGGUUUCGAUAAAGGCUUCGUCAACUCAAAAUCUCAAGAGGAUGUUGAUGCUGCUAAAUUUCUGCCUAAUGCAAGCUCCUCUUCUCAGUCUGACGUGACAUUGCCUUCACCAGUGCCUCAAUUUAUUAAUUUCGAGGACGAUGUCAUGAAAUUGGCUCCAGAGACAGUUGAAUUUGGUAAAAUCUCUCCGAAAGAUAUUAAAAAAUCGGAGGCACACAUGUUGAGAUAUCUACCAAUUUUAUCUGAACAGCAAAAAGAUGCUUUAAUGAUGUCCGCUUUUGAGUAUCAGAUUGAAGGAAAUAGCGAACGUGCCUACGAAGUUAUACAUCAGUCAGAAUUGAUUGCGUACGUCAGAGAAAUAUAUGACAUGAAGAAAAUACCACAUUUACAAGUGAAUGAACUUACUGAGGUAAUCAAAAUGUUUUUCCAAAAAGUUUUCUACAACCGCGUAAACGAUCAAGGCAGGAAGUCGUUUUUGGAUUCGGUGCAAGCUAAGUUUGACCAUGUCAAAAAACGCGUGGCAGUUAUGGAAGAAGAAGAAUCCCAAGAAGGUGUCGAAACCAUACAAUUGAAGUCAUUGGACGAAUCCACAGAGCUUCAAGUACAGUUACCUCAGUUUGGGUCCACGGAUCCCGACGAGAUAAAAAAAUUGGAAGCCUUUAACAAACUGCCUCUAAAAAUGCAAAAUGCGGUAAAGACUCAGAAUCUAGACAAAAUCAAUGAUGUUUUUGCCGAAAUGCCUGUAGAUGAAGCCGAGAGCGUCCUGGACAUAUUUAAUGAGGGUGGAAUUAUAGGUAUUAACGCUUUGCUUGAAGAUGAGAGUGAGUUUCAAGAAUUGCAAGAACAAUACCAGAGUGAAUCUCAAAAUAGACUUGAGCCAACUGAGCAAAACCCUAAUGAACAAAUCCACGAACCCUACGAAGAAACAGCUGAAGUGAACACUUCAGACGUAGUGGACUGA